AUGGCUUCUUCCACCACGGCCAUUGUGCCCCCUAAGCGGGCCAAUACCGACUACCCGCUCAUCGACUCCGACCCGCAUCUGCGUCGUGUGUUCGGAUAUGCUCGGCCUUCCGAUUAUGCCGUGGCUGGUGGUAUGGCCACCGUCUCCCCCAUUGCCUUCUGGGUCAUGGAGCGAGUGAGCCCGUCGCAUGUUGGCCGCGGUGGCUUUGCCCCCGUCAUGCGCCUCGCGACCGCUGUCGGCUUCCUCGGUGGCCUUCACGUGCUUUACCAGAGAUCGUGCAGACGCUUCUACGGCUUUACCGAGAACUCUCGGGAGGUGGAGAAGGACAUGCGGGAGAUGGUUGACAAGGUCAAGAAGGGUGAGCCGCUUUACGGCGUCUCCAAGGUUUCCGAUUAUAUUCAGGGUAUUGCCGCCCGUAACUCUCGGUACUCUGAGCUCUUCAUCCACAUCCUCCCGUGGAUCAACAUUGUCAACCACGACCAGCACGGUGUCGACACUGCCAAGUACUAUCAACAAGCGGAGCGUGAAUUGGAAGCUGAGCGCACCGCCUAG